CAGCACGCUCGCGCAGCCUCGCCUCCUCGUCCGGGGCCAAUGGGCUCGCAGGAUCCGCCCCUGACGACGCAGGCCCCGCCUCCUAGAGACGCGCGCGGCGCAGCGGUCCCCAGCGAGGGGAGCUGGGAAGCUGGGGCCGGGCCGGGGGUCCGCCGCCAUGAAGCUGACGCGGAAGAUGGUCCUGGCCCGGGCCAAGGCCUCAGAGCUGCACAGAGUGCGCAAGCUCAACUGCUGGGGUAGCCGUAUCACAGACAUUUCCAUAUGCCGGGAGAUGCCCAGCCUGGAGGUGGUCACCCUCAGCGUCAACAGCGUCUCCAACCUGGAGCCCGUGAGCCGGUGCCAGCACCUGAGCGAGCUGUACCUGAGGAGGAACUGCAUCCGCAGCCUGGCCGAGCUCUUCUACCUGAAGGACCUGCCGCACCUCAGGGUGCUGUGGCUGGCCGAGAACCCGUGCUGCGGCGCCAACCCGCACCGCUACCGCAUGACCGUGCUGCGUAACCUGCCCAGCCUCCAGAAACUGGACAAUCAAGCUGUGACGGAGGAGGAGCUGUCCCGCGCCUUGAUGGAGGGAGAGGAAAUCACCGCCCCCGGCAGAGAGGGCGUGGGCAGCAGCUGCCCCGAGCAGCCGUCCUGCAUGCUGAGCUCCAGCAGCUCCACCGCUGAGACCGGCCGGGACCCGCUGAGCUGCUGCGAGGAGGAGGCAGACAGCAUCCAGGACCAGCUCCGCCUGAAGGCCCCUUCCCAGGACCGGUUUCCUUCCUUCUCGCAGAGGGACGUUUCGAACAGUCACAAGAAUAGGAACGUCCUGACAGCCAUCCUGCUGCUGCUGCGGGAGCUGGACGUGGAGGGGCUGGAGGCCGUGCAGCAGACUGCGGGCAGCCGGCUGCGGGCCCUGCGGGAGCAGGAGCUGCCGGAGCAGGUGGAGUGACUGUCGCCAGGGCCCAGAGCCUCCAGGCCUCCACGUGGACCCCGGUGUCUUCCCCCAUCACCUGGGAGCUAGAGGGCCACGGCCUUAGCCCCUCGCAGGAAAGCCACCCUCGGUUUGCCGGGGCCGAGGGCAGGAGGGUGCCGGGUGCUGGCUGGGUGGACCCGGCCCUGUGCCCGUGGCUGAGAAGGAUCCUGGGCCUGGGCUGGCGGAGACACCUGCCCACACCUGCACAUCCCAGGACUCUCUUACGGUCGGGAGGGUCAGGGCUCUUCUCCAUGGGAGGGAUUUUGGGGACAUCCUCCCUAAUAAAGUAUUUCUAAGUCUGAACUGGAAGCAGACGUU